AUGCCCCCAUUGAACUCACCACCCAGUCAUCCGCAACAGUUUUGGGUACAUCCGACACCAGCAUUGUAUGCUUUUGAUCCAUCACCAGACAACGGCUUUGUUUGGUCUGGUGCGCAAAGACCUGACUUGGGUGUACCGCCGCCACCAUUACCAUCUACCCGUGCAAGCGAACAAGCACUAGAUACUGAACAGCUGAUGAUGAAGAGGAACGAAAUCAUAAACCGCCUUGUACCUCUUACCUUGUUGGAUGAGGAUGAUUUCGAAGAUGGCGGCGCUGGACAUGUUUCCUACACCGUGGCGUCUUCUGUUUUGGACGAGAGAGGGGAACUACAUCCUGUUGCUCUUGUCGUUGGCCCGCCAGCUCUUGAACUUCCGCCUAUUCCACCUGCCAGUUUAUCUACAGUACCUCUACCAUCUAGUGCUGCUGAAGGGACAAUCACUGUCAUUGGUGACAUCGCUAUGGCUGCCAAUCAACGCUCGAGAGCAUCAAGUCUCCCUCUCACACAAUUGACCAGCGUCGUAACUGCUUGUCCAACUAGUAUACUGUCCACUGAAGGUGCUCCAUCAGCAACUGUUCAAGCAGACUGUGCUAGUAUGCAAGUGAAAGACGCAAUUAGUCAGCCACUUCCAACGCCCGCUAUUCAAAGGAGUCAGGUGGUACCCCCAAUGCCUAUGUGUGCUGUGCCGGUCACAUUUGAAGCUGGGGUGAUGGGAGAAAGGAUAGGCACUGUCAUUAGACCAGUCGCGCUGGCUGAUCCGCAAGACAUGGUGUCAAACAGUUUAGAUAAAAUUGUGGACGUUAAGGAGAGGCUUAAUGAAGCUGAAGGCGGGAAGUCAUCAACAGCAGUCAGUCAGCAAUUGCUUGUUGAGCUUCGUAUUGCUGAAAGAGAAAUGGAUCUUCUUGAUCCUCGCACUCAGGCCUCCUGUUUGUUGCGAGAACUGCGUCAAGUGGACAAGCAGAUUGAACAAAUUGAGGCAGCCCGUCCUGUUGAAAAUUGCUGA